GUGGAUAUAAAAGCAACCGUGGAUAGGCUACUCCAACAACCAAGCCUCCAGGGGACUACUAGCACUCAACACCAUCAAAUAGGAUAGCUUAUACACUGCAUCCAAGAUGGGCAGGAUUGUCUUCUAUGAGGAUAAGAACUUCCAGGGCCGCCGCUAUGAGUGUGAAUGCGACUCCUUGGACUUCCACUCCUACCUGAGCCGCUGCAACUCCCUGCGUGUGGAGAGUGGGGCCUGGGUGGUCUACGAGAGGCCCAACUACAUGGGCUCCCAGUACGUCCUGACCAGGGGAGACUACCCAGAAUAUCAACGCUGGAUGGGCCUAAAUGACCGCCUUAGCUCCUGCAAGAUGAUCCAGUUUUCAAGCGGGUCCCAGUACAAGAUGCAGCUGUACGAGAAGGCAGACUUCCGGGGCCAGGCCUACGAGACCAUCGAGGACUGCCCCUCGGUGCAGGACAAGCUCCGCCUGCGGGAGGUCUACUCCUGCAAGGUCUUCGACGGCUGGUGGGUCUUCUACGAGCUGCCCAAUUACCGAGGGCGCCAGUACUUCAUGGAGAAGGGCGAGUACUCCAAGCCCAGUGACUGGGGUGCCGUCAGCCCAGCCGUGCAGUCCUUCAGGCGUAUCACAGAGUGACUUGGACUGAACGCAGCAAGCCACCAGCCAACAUUUGGCCCAAUGUGACUGAUUGGUGUGUUCUAUGAAGGGUAUGCAUCAGCUCUGGUUAUGUAUUUUGAAUGAAUUGUUGUGAAUUAAAAAACUGAGGUUUCAACCAAAAUAAAAAGAUAUCUG